AUGGCGCCCCGCACGGGCCAGGAGGCCGGUGGAGGGCUGGACAUCGAGGAAAGCAGUGCGCACACACUGGGGUGGAAGAACAGCUUUGCAGAGUGCGAGUCUGCCGGGUCUCCUUCCUACGAAGACAUCUGCAGUGAAAAAGUGGAUUUGCCGGACAAGGCUGGCACGUGCAAUCCAUGCGCGGUGAUUCCUGCAGAACUCCGAGAGCUCAUAACCGACCCAAAGUCUGUUUUCCCGAGCCUUGUGCCCAGGGAGGGUGCAGCAGAGAACAUCAGCCAGCUCCAGCUUGGGCAGUAUCGCGAUUUAGACGUCCGAGAGCUUCGUUGUGGAAAGCUUUUCCUGCGUGAGGAAGCUAAGGGCAUUGGUGGUGUUUUCGCAGUGGGGAAAUCAAGUGGACGGCAGCGAAAGAUCUGGAACGGAUCUGCAGUUUCUGUUGCAGCUGCCUCACCACCAAAACCACACAGGCUGGCCAACCCAUCGUCCUUUUUAGAUGUGGAGAUCCAGCCGGAUGAGCCAGUGUUUUAUUCCAAGAGAGAUGCUGCAACCUUCUUCGACGUCCUUCAGGUUCCGCCAGAGCUGCAGACUUGGUUUGGACAGCCGCCACUUUACAUCAGCGAGCUCGUUGCAGGUGGCUUAACUUUGUCAGACAUCGCUUCUUUUGGAAACGUGCCUGAAAGGCAGCUGGAACCCAAGAUGCUGGUUUUCCCGGUGCACGCAGUUUGGCCGAUGGGGUUUUCUUGGUCCUCAGCUGUUGCUCAAAGCACGACUGUUCAGACGUGUGUGAAAGCCGGCAGAAGUGAGGAUGCUAUUCUUUCCCCUGACUAUGAGCUGCCGCACACCUUUGACGAGACUUGCUUCGUUGCAACUGACGACACAGUUCUCAUGCACAAGUCGCGAGCCCGUGGAAAGCAUACCUUAGACAGAUUGAACAAGGCUUUCGAAGAGAAUGGAAUUCCUCGCAACAAGGGCAAGGACAUCUCUCUAGCGGAAAGCAUUACGGCGCUGGGAUGUGACUUGUCAAACGGACCACCUGCCAUGGCCGAGCCAAGCGCCCGCAAACUGUGCAAUGCGGUGCGUCGCACUCUGGACCUGCUGCACAGGAGGAGGGCCAGCCCCAGGGGCUGCCACGCAAACUUUGGAGUAUGGCAAUGGUUCGCUUUGUUGCAGCGUGGCUUUUUCAGCAUCUUCGACAGUCUGUACGAUUUCGUCCGCAGGAGCCAGCUUCCGAAGUUGUCGUUGUGCCGAGAAGGCCUUUGA